ACUUCCUUUUUCCGCCAAGACUCGCCGGAGCCGCAAGCAGCAGAGUAAAGCUAGCUACAGCUAGUCGCGAUUCAUUCAAAAACGACACUAUUUCUUGAAUUUGGAGCACCUAAAAGACACCUUCGCACUUCAACGCUUUUGUAACGGUUACUGAACGUCAACUAUUGGAAAGAAACGCUUGAAAUGAAAAUCUGGACGUCAGAACAUACAUUCAACCAUCCAUGGGAGACUGUUGCCCAGGCUGCAUGGCGGAAAUAUCCCAAUCCAAUGAACCCUGCUGUGGUUGGCAUUGAUGUGGUAGACAGGCAGGUCCACAAUGGUGUCCUCAAGAGUCACCGCCUUAUCAGCACAGCGUGGGGAUUUCCUACAUGGGCACAGAGGAUUCUGGGUGCCGACCGAACCUGCUAUGCUAGCGAACACUCUGUGGUGGAUCCUGCACGGCGUACCAUGACUAUGCUGUCAAGAAAUCUGACCUUCUGUAAUGAGAUUUCCAUUGUGGAGAAACUUACCUACACAGAACACCCUCAGCAUAAGGGCAAUACAUUGAUGACACAAGAAGCAGUCAUCACAAUCAGGGGCGUGCCUUUGAGCAGCUACUUGGAAGACUUCGUAGCCAAAGCAAUCUCUUCAAAUGCAGGAAAGGGACGCUUGGCUAUGGAGUGGGUUAUUGGUCGUAUGAGUCAAGAGGUACAAGAACUGACAAGCCGAACUGUGAAGAGUGUCGAUGGGAUCAUCACAUCAGCUGCCAAGAAAAGUAUGGAUGACUUGAGCCACUUGACCACACCAGAGCCACACUACCACUUCAAGAACUGACACUGGGCCCUAGCUAACUGCAUGUUUUUAAAAGGAAGAAGCCAGGAACCAGAUUAGGAAACAUAACCAAUUGAGGGCAAGUGGCUACUUGUCCGAACAGCCCUUUGUGCUUGUUUGUGUCAGAGUACGGCGAUGGAAGAGCUCAUCUUGAAACGUGGACAUUUUUAGGUCGUCAGCGUCUGUGGAGGUCUCUGACCAAUUUCCAUCGUUAUGUGCCCACAUGAAGGUUGUGCAUUUGUCAUACAUGUACAAUGUUCUUGAUGUGUUUCGCAUUCAAAUGAGCACAGUGCGCACAUGGACAGCUGCGUGACAUGUUGGCAGGGACUGCUUUGUCACCACUGAAAUGGCGAGUCAGGCUAGCCAGCUGGCAUUAGUGUGUGUAGUUGAGUGCAUUUUUGUUGCACUGUAGAUUGUCUAUUUAUAUGAGGGGAUCUGCAGCAGUGACUUUUUUGUUUAAAGAAAGUCUGGAAGUGAGUGGAUGUUUCUCUGGAGGAGCCUUAUAUUUUUUAUCGGAAUUGCAUUUGCUAGUACUUUUUAGCCAGUGUGUGUAAACAAAUUGAGGUUUCUCUCCUACUGUAGCUAAUAAAUUUGCAUUGUCAUUUGGCUUAAAGAGGGUAUUUGUUCCAGGAAUGGGAAUCAAAAUUUUAAAUAAAGAUUGGUCAUGAGGCUAGUGCUGCUAGAAAUAACUGGUAUUUGGUCUUUUCCAUGAUACCAAAGUUGUAACCUCUCAGGCAGUUUUUCUGCAUCCAGUUGGGGAGAAUUAUACUGGUCUUUUGCCUGUGCUGUAGUGUAUGCUUUAUGUAUGUUCUGUGUCAGCUGCAUGUUAUUUAAUGUUUGCGAACAUAGGCAUUCAAUUUUGUUAUGUAAUGGAAUACAUUUUUGUGCCAGCACAUUUCUUGGUUUCCAUUUAGGGAAUCAUGUCGUGUAGUCCAGUUGUACAAUGAUUAUGCACUAGGAAUCCUGGUAUGUUUUUCUGCAAUUUGCAGAAAGGCUGCUAUUCAUGCAUAUUGCAUUUUUGAAGGCGUCUUGAAAUAAUGAAUGUUGCCACAGAAUGUGGAGAUACAUUCAAGCACAUAGACUAUGCUUCCUAUGGCAGAUCUUCUCAUUUUUAAAGAUUCAUUCAGGAGGCGUGUUAGGCUUUUUCCCAUCUUGUCGCUGUUCAGAAGCUUUCUUGUAUUGUAACUUCAAGAUCAUUAGAUCACUUAUUGAUAUAACUUGCGUGAUUGGUUACAGUGAAUAUUAGACUUCUAAAUGUACACAUUUAUUUUGGCUAAUAAUGUGUUUACAUGCAGUUAUGUAUGAAUACUUUCUUCACUUUAAUGCAGUAACUUUUCAUUGAGGAUAACAAAUGUUGACCUGAUGGAUGUGUGGGAACGGUCUGAAUAUUGGGACUCUUUCCACAUCGUAUGGCACCUCCUCGACCACACCUCCUCGACCAUGUCGCAGUGUGGCCUACGAGAGCCAGGUACCAUGUCUGCAGCUCAAUGCCUGACUUGAGACCUGCUGUAAGGAGUCCCAGAAAGCAUGAUGCUCGUGUCGCAGGAUGCAUUCUAUCCAACAGGUUUAGUAAAAAUCCUGCAUUAAGAACAAGUAGCCAGCAACUGGAGCCAAAUUUGUAACCACACACACUUGUUUUGUACUACAUUGAAAAAAUGUGCCACAGAUGCUUUUCUUUGUUGUGUUCAAGCAGUUUGUAGAGGUGGGAGAUUUUUGUGAAAGCAUAUUUAUGGUAGUGCAGAGCCUCACUUUUAAUCAAAUCCAGAGGAAGGUGUGCAGGCAUAAUAAUUCAGUUUGCUGCAAUUGAAGGCACAAGUGUGAUGGCCACUUUCACUAGGUCUUUCAAAUGUGAUUACGCAGUGCAGCGCACAAUUGCACCUGUCUUUUCUCAGCUGUUGGCUGCAUACAUUUCUUGUUUGUACCUGUCAAUUGUCACCUACCACUUUUACUGUUUUGCUGCUGCUAAGUUGUCAGUCUUGGAGCACAGUUUCUGGUGUUGUGGUUUUAUAGGUGCUGACGUGUUCAACCGUGGCCUCUGUUGUUGCAGGGCUGUAUCGUGCAAAGUUGCGUCCAGUGUCUUGACUUUGGUUGCUUGCGCAACCGUGAAAUACAGCUUGGUGUAACUAAUGUGGGAUCAGCCAGUACCUUGAAACAUUCUUCCACUCUUGCUUUAGAAUAGAUGUUGGACUGAGUGGACGGAGAGUGUGCAUACAUGCAUCAUUUGCUCCGGGAACAAAAGAAACAGGCUAUUUUUAUAACGACCUGAACGUUUAAACAUUUGGUGCGAACCACACCUUGAUAUGUAUAAGUGAAUACAGCCAUGUACUCCACAGUAUUUAAUUCUUCGGAUUAGUUUUCUCUAUAACAGGCAGGCCUAAGAAAAACAAGUUGAAGUGCUGUAAACAGUUUGGUACAAAUAAAAAUGGGAACAUUGUGA